CCAAACUGCAGCGUAGAGAAAGUCGAUAACCCUCCCACAGGACGAACUGUGACGUCACGAAAGGACAAAGCCCUACCGGAGGUCGUUCUCUCUCUCUUGGAGCCGCCGGUUUGCAGCUGAGCGGAGACGCCAUCUUAAGACGCACAUCAACGCAGCUCCGCGGAUAGGCAGGACCACCAGCAUGUAUCCCUCGACUUUGACGCAGCUGGCCCGGGCCAAUCCAUUCAGCGCCCCCCUGUUCGCGCUCCAGAAAGUGGAGGAACCACAGCAGAGUGCACAGAGGACACGCCGACUGGCGGCAGCCGCUACGGCAGACGAGGGAGACAGUUGUGAAUUUGGCUCUCAGAAGUAUUUCGUCCUGUGUGGCUUUGGUGGGAUUCUGAGCUGUGGCACUACACACACAGCAGUCGUUCCCCUCGAUCUGGUCAAAUGCCGAAUGCAGGUGAACCCCGACAAGUACAAGAGCAUCGGCAAUGGCUUUUCCGUCACUGUGAGGGAGGACGGUGUUCGAGGCUUGGCCAAGGGCUGGGCGCCAACCUUCAUCGGCUACUCCAUGCAGGGCCUCUGCAAGUUUGGCUUCUAUGAAGUGUUCAAGAUCUUUUACAGUGACCUGCUUGGAGAGGAGAACACCUACAUGUGGAGAACAUCUCUGUACCUCGCUGCCUCAGCCAGCGCCGAGUUCUUCGCUGACAUCGCUCUGGCUCCUAUGGAGGCUGUCAAAGUGCGCAUCCAGACCCAGCCGGGUUACGCCAACACCCUCCGGGAGUGCGUUCCCAAGAUGUACGCCGAGGAGGGUCUCUGGGCUUUCUACAAGGGGGUGGUACCGUUGUGGAUGAGGCAGAUUCCGUACACCAUGAUGAAAUUUGCCUGCUUUGAGCGCACCGUGGAACUGCUCUACAAGCACGUCGUCCCCAAGCCCCGCAGCGAGUGCAGCAAAUCCGAGCAGCUGGUGGUCACUUUUGUGGCCGGUUACAUCGCUGGUGUGUUUUGCGCCAUCGUGUCCCACCCUGCUGAUUCUGUGGUGUCUGUGCUGAACAAGGAGAAGGGAAGCACUGCUGUCCAGGUCCUCAAGAAGCUUGGUCCCAAAGGUGUGUGGAAGGGUUUGGUUGCCCGUAUCAUCAUGAUCGGUACUUUGACAGCGCUGCAGUGGUUCAUCUACGAUUCAGUCAAGGUCUACUUCCGUCUGCCCCGACCCCCUCCCCCUGAGAUGCCCGAGUCCCUCAAGAAGAAGCUCGGCAUAGAGUAAUAGCACCACGGCCACUUCCAUUAUGAGAUGGCAAUCAACAGAUGACAACUAAUUUCUCAACUUGCAGUCGGUGUGCACAGCAGUUUUAUAUAUUUAUGCCCUCAGUCCAGCUGUUUCAAUGAAUGGGGCUUAACUAUCCUGUAUAUUUAACAUACAAAAUUAUGUAAUAAAAAGAACCUGUUGUCGUCGAUCUUUGGUCACCAAAAAAAAUGGGAAAAGAAUAUUUCUUUGCUGUGCAGCACUUGUCAUUUUAUUUCGCUCCUGUGAUUUGAGAAUGGAAAUUAAACGCACUUCCUGGGGAA